AUGGCAUGGCUAGGGAGUCUGAGUGUCUCUGACAUCAUCAACUACACCAUUCCCUAUCAAAUUGCGGCUCUCUCUGUUGGCCUUCUGGUAGUUCUCAUCUUGCUUAUUGACCAUGCAGACAUUCUCCUGCGUUCCCGACAUGUCAAGGAUCUCUACUGUGUUACUAGUCAGACCCUUUUCAAGACACGGUUUAGGAAGAAGCUGAGUGGCACUGAGUUAGAAAAUGCCCUUCGAUACGCAUACAAUAAUUAUACCAAGCAAGGGAAGCCGUUUGCAACCAAAGCAGAUCUUGAAAGUUGGAUUAUACUCCUUCCGCCGAAAGCGAUGAAGGAAUGGUGUAACUUGCCUUACAGCCAUUUGAACUUCACGAGAUAUCUCCAGGAUGUACGUUAUCUCCCAAACUACCUUUUUGGUUUGUUGUUGAACACUCGGCUAAUUAUCAAUACGUCGUAG